AUGAUACGUCGAUGUACAUCAAUUGGCCUUAUUGCCAUCCUAUUUUUAGCUACAGUCACAGCUGAUCCAAGCAUAACAACAACAACAGCUAUAUCAACAGAUACAACAGCAUCAACAAUGACUGCAUCGACCACAGCUACAAGUACAACCGCAUCGUCAACAAAUACAGCAACUACAACUACAAGCCCAUCAGACUUAACAUCAGAAAUAACGACUACAAGUACAAGCACAAGUCCAAGUCGUAAAUUUGAUGGUCUUUCAUUUAUGGGUGGUAUAAUUCUUACAGUUGGUCUUGGUGCAAUCGCAUUUCUAGUCUUACGUUAUUUACGCCGUAAUAAUCGAUUACCAUAUAGUGAUUUACGCUAA